AAACAGAACAACAACAACAAACAAGAACUCAAACACUAAAACAAACCUUCAAUCUUUUUCAAAAACUCAAUCAUGUCAAGCAACUGCGGAAGCUGCGACUGUGCUGACAAGACCCAGUGCGGGAAGAAGGGAACCAGCUACACCUUCGACAUCGUCAAGACUCAGGAGAGCUACAAGGAAGCCAUGAUCAUGGACGUUGGUGCAGAGGAGAACGACGCGAAUUGCAAGUGCAAGUGCGGCUCCACUUGCAGCUGUGUCAACUGCACUUGCUGCCCCAAUUAAGAAAGCUUCUUUAAUCAAAAUGUAAUAUGAAUAAAAGUUGAUGUGAGUUCAUCUAUUGAGCUCAUAUCUCUCUUAUGACUCUCUAGUAUGGUGUGAUGUAAUGGGUUAUGACCCUUUCUUUAUCCUCCAAUCCAAUCCAUCAUAUUUCUAUUAGUAACAUCUUCUUUCCUUUCCAUAUAAAACUAAAGAACUUGC